GCUCAAAGAGGAGGUGGACAAAAUGGACAUUAGCCCCGUCAUUGACGACUGGGGCCUCUCAGAGUUGGUGCCUAUUUACAGGCGAACGAGGAGCUCCCCCUGCUGGUCAGAAGGCCAGGCUUCAGCGGACAGGCUACAGAGGGAGGAGCUCAAUGAUAGGCAGGAGAACUCAGGAAUCCUGGAGCAGCCUCUCAGUAGCCCCAGCAUAGUGGAGAGGCAGGACAUCCCCGUUCCUCAAGAGUCCCUGCUGAGGGAUGUAGGGCUUACAGUCUACACCCCUCACCCCCAAAAGGGGGCGCCAGAGGAGUCCUUUUCAUCUCUCACACUGACUGCAGACACUCAGCCUGCCAGAGAACGGCAGUCAGACAAGCCCCUCUCCCAAGAUCCACCCUGGGCCUCGGAGGUGCCAAACCCUGAGGCAAGGGACGCUCCUAACUUUGAGAGAACGCACGCCACCAUAACAGCGAGGCGCCAGCGGUUCCGCUUCAGCUCAGAGGGAUCGGCCUUCCUGACAGAGGGCCCAAUCGCCUUCUCUCCCAACGGCCACGACGAGGAGGACGAGGUCCUGGAGGCCCUGCUGAGCAGGGUGAAGAAGCGGCCGCCCAGCGAGGACCUGAGUCCACUGUACCAGGUGCAGAGCGCCAGUGGCAUACCACAGAACGAGUCCAUCGAGGAGCGUGCCGCCAGGAUACUGGGCAUUUGCGUGCCAGCCGAUUCCCUGGUGUUGAUGGGUCAGAGCAAGGAGGAGACGUCGGAUGACCCACCAUCGGCCAAUCAGAAUGAGGUGUUGCAAGUGGCUGAACUGGUGUCGACCAAUCAGGAUGAAGGAGAACAAGAAGAGGACCUGGUGUUAGCCAAUGCAGAGAAGCCAGAUGGCACAGAGAAAGAAGAGGAAGCAGAUGAGAGAGAGGAAGACGGGGAAGAAGAGAAAGGAGAGACACAAGGAGAAGUGGAGGAGGAAGAAAAAACAGCAGCUGUAGGAGAGACAGCAGUCCCAAGAGAAACAACAGAGGAAGGAGAGCCGAAUGUCAGAGAGGGAGUAACAACAGAGAAAUGGGAGAUAACUGAAGGAGAAUCAGUGACAGCAGAAGAGACAACAGAAACAGUGACAGCAGAAGAGACAACAGAACCAGUGACAGCAGAAGAGACAACAGAAUCAGUGACAGCAGAAGAGACAACAGAACCAGAAGAAUCCAUGGCAAUAAGACAGGAAGAGACGGGUGUCACAGGAGAGACAGCAGCCAGCGAGGAGGAGACAGUAGAGCUGUCAGUCAGCGAUGACAGAACAGGAGAGGAAGAAGAGUUAGCGGCUGCUAGAGGUGACGUCAUAGAAGAGGAGGUAGCAGGAAGUGAGGUAGAGAUAUCAGGAAGUGUAGUAGUGAGUGCAGAGGUUGUAGAGGCAGGAGAGGAUAUCCCAGAUGACGAAAUCCAGCAGGUCAGCGGAGAGUUAGCGGAGCCGCAGCUGGCACGGUGCCUAGAGGAGGAGCUCAUAGAGGAGGCAUCAGGCAGUCCAGAUAGCUGCGUCGCCAUGGCGACACUCGAGAUGCCCGAGAUCCUCUCCAUAGUGGAGGAGGAGGAGGACGAGGACGCAGAGCUGGGGAUGUAUGGCACGGAUAGGAGGAUUGACUGUUUGCAGGAACGAACGGAAGCAUUAUCGUACACGCCUUUGUACCUCACGCUCGGCCACACGGAAAGGAAGGCAGGAGUAGAUGAGGAGGUGCAACUGGAAGAAGAAGAAGCGAUCGAGGAUGUGAGAGGGGCAGAGGAGGAGCGACAGAUUAAGGAAGAUGGAGAGGAAGAACAUGCACCAGAAAAAGAGAUGCGACCCAUGCCCCUCCCCCGCAGUACAGUGGUCAAGCGGGAGAUCUGCCUCCCUCUGGAAGCCCUGGAGGACCCCGACACGUAUCCGACCCCAGAGGAGAUCUGCCUUCCUCUGGAAGCCCUGGAGGACCCCGACACGUAUCCCACCUCAGAUUCCUAUGAUCCCAGUCGAGUGGAGAGGGUGUAGCUAUGACAACUCAGACUUCCUCUUCGUCACUGUGACCCAGCCCCACCCCACCCGCCCCAACGCUUCUUUAUGACCAGCAACAUUCACCUCUCUCUUCAUCGCUGUGUGUCUGUGUGUGUGUGUGUAAGAAAGAGAGAGGGCGAGAGAUAGAAGAAAGUAAUUUGAAUGUAUGGCAGACACAUAUGAGUUUCUUUAGAACAUAUCAGUUGGAGAAACAUUGCUUUUUUUUGUAUGAAGCCAUGUGGAGCUGUGUGUGUGUGUGUGUGUGUGUGUGUGGUAGGCAGGCAGGCAGGCAGGCAGAGGCCACAUGUGUGAUCUACAGUUCUGAGGUUUAAUGGCUUUCACAGACACAGCGUCAUGCACACAGAGUAAUACACAUUCAUGGACGUUUACUGCAAUAAUGCACACACUCAAUUCUCCAGAGCAAUAUACACACACACACACACACACACACACACACACACACACACAGACACACACACACACACACACACACACACACACACAAAGGCACUGCUCAUUCCAUGUUCACCAAAUAUAUUGCUUUCUGCAGAGCAAUACAAACAGUGUCAAUCCUAAUGUACCUAGUGCCGGAGGUGAACAUAAGUAUUUUGUGUGUUGAAAUUGCAUUCUGGGGUGAGUUAAAAAUCCACGAGCCCCCGCCUCAGGUGCUGAUGCCCUAGGUCAUUGCCCCUGUCGCCUUCAGCAAGUAUUGGCACUUUUCAGUAGCUUCAAUUUCCCCCUUGAGUGAGGACAUUCAAAGCAAUACACACUCACACCUCUACACACAGUUCCAGGCGUAUGAAAGCUGAAUGACUAUUCACCAAUGUAAACAUGCUACACACAGACACACACACACACACACACACGCACGCACACACGCACUCCACGUAUAUACACACCAGAAAUGUAUUUAUUAUGAAGCAAUCCUCAUAUUGUACAAAGCAAAGUAGCUUUAUUUUUUAAAGUAUUUUAUAUGUAGCCCUUAGGUCAGCUCGCUCUAGCUCACUUGCUGAAUAGCACACAUAAGUGGAUGUGGUGCAGAUGUGUGUGUGUGUGUGUGUGUGUGUGUGUGUGUGUAAGGUUGUUGUACACACAUGUAGCAGGUGUUUAUGUCCCUUUUGAAGGUCUGUGUCCGUGUCAGUCUCGAGUAGGUGUGUGUCUGUCUCCUGCACGUCCUCAGAUGUCUGUUUCACAUGACUUCAGCAGGUGUGUUUGUCUUGUCUUGGCAGCUUGUCUUGACUGUGUAAGUCUUUUUGGAAUGUCUGUCUGACUGUCUUUAACAGGUGUGUAUUGGUCUCAGCCAGAUGCGUCUGUCCUAGGCAGAGCUGAACAUAUUCAUUUGUGUGUGUGUUUGUGUGUGUGCAUGUGUCUUGGGGAGCUCUGUGUAUCUGCUGCAGUUAUGUGUCAAUCAGAGUGUGUGUGUGUGUGUGUGUG